AUGACAACAAAUCCUAUUCGAACUAAGGGUGAUACACAAGAAGCCAUUGAGUUAUUUCGUCAGAAAAUUGAACAACGAAAAUUGUGUGAAAAAAAUGCAUUCAAAAUUUGUAUGAAGUUAAUUGACGACGAAACGGUCGACGAAAAAUAUCUUAAAGAUUCAGCUCAAUUCCUUAAUCAAGAAAGAUAUUGUGGCGUAAAUGAAGAUCGAUCAUUAAAAAAUAUUUGUGGUUAUCCAUUAUGUUCAAAGACACUACCAAAAAAUAUAUCCAACAAUCCAUAUUUUAUCUCAGUGAAAGAAAAUAAAGUCUAUGAUGUUACAGAGAGAAAACGUUUUUGUUCAAAUUUUUGUUAUAAAGCAUCAAAAUAUUUUGAAAAACAAAUACCAACAUCACCGGUAUGGGCACGAGAACAUGAACAAAUACCAGAUAUUCAAAUACUUUCAAAAAGUGAUUUGAACACAGUGAGUCAUAUUUGUAGUAAUCAAUAUGGUCAAGAAAUAAUUGCUAAUGAAAUUAGUGAAGCAUCUAAAUUUAUCCUAGAAAAUAAUGUUAAUCAAUUGACAAAAAAUGUACAUAAUUUAAAAGUGUCUAGUUCAUCGUCACCCGAAGAAGAUGAUGAUGAUGAUGAUGAUGACAAUGAAUUAGCUACUGCGAGAUCUGAUUAUUAUAAAAUUCAUCCAAAACAGCCUAUAAACAUUCAAUUAACAUCUCAUUACAAGGAUUUAGUGUCACGUAAACUACCCAUUCAUCUUGAAGAUAAGACCGUUAAUUUUGUUAUUAAUUGUGUACAUGAAUGGAUAACAGAGAAAACAGUUGAUCUAAUUCAAAAGAAUAUAUCAAUAUCAAAACCAAUUGAACAAAACGAACAAUAUCAAAAGUUAUGUGCAAAAUUGGAUCAUGAGGAAAGAGCAGAGAAUGGAUUGUCAUCGUCAUCGGUAACAAACGGAAAAUUACCACCUAUUGAAGAAUUGAAAAAAAAUAAUGGUUAUGAAUUGAAAGUGAAAGAGUUUUUGUUUGGAAAACAGAGUGAACAACAACAACAACAACAGGUAAUCAAGCUUCGAACGGAAAAAUUGAAUUCUUCCAUUGAUUUACCACCCAUUGAUCCCUAUUCACAACACACAAUUCGUUUAUCGAUUGUAAACGAAAAAAUAUCAACAUGUUUACAACAUAUGUCUAUGGAUAGUAGAAAUGAAAGAAUACAAAAAAUUCAUCUAGCUCUACCUGAAUUAUUGUUAACAAUGAGUUUCGAUAAUGAAAAUAUUGCAUUAAAGCCAAAUGAAUGGACAAUUGUAACAUUAAUUAUUCUUCAUAUGUAAGUACACAUGCACUGCUAAAAAAUACAUUUAAACUUUAUUGAGAAAUGUACAGGCCCGUAACCAGGGGAGGCGGAGAUACCCGUUAUACCCGGGCACAUCCCAUAAGUAAAAAUUGCUAUCUAACUGCUAGGAAUCAGGACCAGUACAACCAAAAAAAAAAAUGCAAGAAAACCCAUAUAUCGACUUACAUCUAUAGUGCAUCCCCCUUAUGAGAAAACCCUCUGAGAUGGCCAACUCAGUUUUCUUUCGCUCAUAUACCAAUCGAUAGUAUAUAUCGAGGUAGUAAAAAGCUUAAAAGGGUUCGUACCCAUGGCUCUUGAAGACCUGAUUUUCUGAAAAACCAGUUUUUCAAGAACUCUAAAAAAUAACCAAAACCUUUUCUUAAUAAGGCAUGAUUGUAGCGCGCAAAUUUCUGAUUAAAAUGAGAUAUCUCCCAGCUCUACACAAUCUUUCUUUGCAAAGUUAUAGAAUUUA